AUGGCCUCCAACAAUACCCAGGGCGCAACCUACGCCCUUCCCCAGACUCACAAGGAGAUGCUCGAGAAGUCCCUUGUUGAGUCCGACCCUGAGGUUGCCGAUAUCAUGGCCAAGGAGAUUCAGCGCCAGCGGGAGUCUAUCAUUCUGAUUGCUUCGGAGAACGUCACCUCCCGCGCCGUCUUCGAUGCCCUCGGCUCCCCCAUGUCUAACAAGUACUCGGAGGGCUACCCCGGAGCUCGCUACUACGGUGGUAAUCAGUUCAUCGACCAGAUUGAGCUGCUCUGCCAGAAGCGCGCCCUCGAGGCCUUCCACCUCGACCCUGAGAAGUGGGGUGUCAACGUCCAAUGCCUGAGCGGUAGCCCGGCCAACCUCCAGGUUUAUCAGGCACUCAUGCCUCCUCAUGGCCGUCUCAUGGGUCUUGACCUCCCCCACGGUGGUCAUCUGAGCCACGGCUAUCAGACCCCCCAGCGCAAGAUCUCGGCUGUCUCGACCUACUUCGAGACCAUGCCCUACCGCGUUGAUCUGGAGACUGGCAUCAUUGAUUACGAUACCCUUGAGAAGAACGCCCAGCUCUUCCGCCCCAAGAUUCUGGUUGCCGGUACCUCGGCUUACUGCCGUUUGAUUGACUACGCGCGCAUGCGCAAGAUUGCCGACUCUGUUGGUGCCUACCUGGUCGUCGACAUCGCCCAUAUCUCUGGCCUUGUCGCUGCUCAGGUCAUCCCCUCUCCUUUCGACUAUGCUGAUGUCGUCACCACCACCACACACAAGUCUCUCCGUGGGCCUCGCGGUGCCAUGAUCUUCUUCCGCAAGGGCGUCCGCUCGGUCGACCCCAAGACUGGCAAGGAGACCCUGUACGACCUGGAGGACAAGAUCAAUUUUUCCGUCUUCCCCGGCCACCAGGGUGGUCCCCACAACCACACCAUUACUGCUCUGGCCGUCGCCCUCAAGCAGGCUGCUACCCCUGAGUUCAAGCAGUACCAGCAGCAGGUUGUUGCCAACGCCAAGGCUCUGGAGCGCAAGUUCAAGGAGCUCGGCCACAAACUCGUGUCCGACGGUACCGAUUCUCACAUGGUGCUGCUUGACUUGCGCCCCUUCAACCUGGACGGUGCUCGUGUUGAGGCCGUCUUGGAGCAGAUCAACAUUGCUUGCAACAAGAACUCCGUCCCCGGCGACAAGAGCGCCCUCACCCCCGGUGGUCUCCGUAUCGGCACUCCUGCCAUGACCUCCCGUGGCUUCGGCGAGGCCGACUUCGAGCGCGUUGCUGUUUACAUCGAUGAGAGCAUCCGUCUCUGCAAGGAGAUUCAGGCUUCCCUGCCUAAGGAGGCCAACAAGCUCAAGGACUUCAAGGCCAAGGUUGCCAGCGGCGAAAUUCCUCGCAUCAAUGAGCUCAAGAAGGAGAUUUCCGACUGGUGCCACACCUUCCCUCUCCCCGUUGAGGGCUGGCGCCAGGAUGCCGGUCUCUAA